UUAUCAACUUAUCACUCUGGAGUCCCUGUUUUCCUCUUUGAGUGAGUGGUGUUGCGCAAAGAUAGUUUUCCAGCGGUGUGUAAAAAUAACAUCUGGUAUUGUUUUGUCAUGUGAGAAAAAUUAAAGGGAUGUGGUAACAGAAAAGGACAGAAUUACUGCGAAUAUCGACUCGUUUCAAGUUAUUUCCAAAGGAAGAGAGUGAUAUUCAUGGGGUCACGGCCCUUGCCAACCACUACUGAUUCAACCCCUAAUACAUGUGAUUAGAUCUCAACCACGUACACUGAACACAUUCGUCUGUCGACAUGCGUAUACCGAUAAACCACCGCGAUGGAAUUCCCCACCAAAAAGUCGGGAAAAGAGAGAGACAAACGAAGAAGGAUGUACACAUGGUCGACAAUGAAAACAUGUACCAGAGGCAGGUAAAAGUUGGAAUAGUCCACUGAUUACUGAUUAGUGCAUAUGGUCCUUAGCCCUUAGGGAAUGUUGUCCUUAUAAAGAAGCAACAAUUGGCAACGUAAAGAUAACGAUUUCCCGGUCAAAAUUGAAAAGAUGUACAUGGAGAACAACACAGAAGGCAAUAUUAGACAGCAAGAAGUUCUUAACCUUGAAUCUGGCUCCACUAAAGAUGAUCAAUACCAAGAUGAGGGUCCAGCUUCAGCAUCAGCUCACGCUAUUGGAAAAGAUUCAUGGCAGCAGGUUAGUUUGAUGCUCGUAACGAGCUUCAACUGUGGAUGGGUAUUAAGCUUUUCAAACCUUAUGUUGGUGCCCCUGGGUUGGACAUGGGGUAUCGUCUGCUUACUUUUUGUCGGGUUCUUCAGUUGCUACUCAGGCUGGCUAUUAGCAGGUUUUCAUUUCAUCCAAGGUCAGAGAUUCAUCAGAUAUAGAGACAUGAUGGGACAUCUAUUUGGGAAGAAAAUGUACUUUGUAACAUAUUUUCUCCAAUUUUCAACCUUCAUUUUGGUAAAUAUGGGUUUCAUCCUUCUCGGAGGCAGAGCACUGAAGGAGAUAAAUCUGGUGUUCAGUGACACAGCCAUGAGGCUCCAGUAUUUCAUCAUUAUCACAGGAGUAGUAUACUGCAUAUUUGCUAUUGUUGUCCCAAACAUGUCUGCCAUGAGAGUGUGGAUAGGAGCGUCGGCCAUUCUCACCUUUGGUUUUAUUGGAGUCCUUCUCGUGGUAUCAGCAAAAGAUGGCAAAUCAAUCAGCCACAAAAACUAUGAAGUUAAGGGCAGCACAGUGGGUAAGGUGUUCAAUGCCUUAGGUGCAGUAUCCGCCAUACUCGUAAGCAACAGUUCAGGCAUGAUACCCGAAAUACAGUCAACCCUCAAGAAGCCAGCUGUCAGGAACAUGAGAAUAGCCUUGUUAUUACAAUAUACUGUUGGCCUCUCGGUAUAUUAUGGUGUUAGCAUAGCUGGAUAUUGGAUUUAUGGUUCAGAAGUGCCAGAUUAUCUCCCUAUGGCACUAAGCGGGCCGAAAUGGGCAAAGAUCCUGAUCAACUUAGCAGUCUUUCUACAAAACGUCAUCUCGCAACAUAUGUUCAUCCAACCAGUUCACGAAGCACUAGAUACUAAGUUCCUGAAAGAUGAUGAGGGUACAUACUCAAGAGAAAAUUUUAAAAGGCGGAUUUUCCUACGAGUACUAGUAUUUACAGGCAAUACUUUUGUGGCAGCGGCCUUACCUUUUAUGGGAGAUUUCAUGAACCUAUUGGGAUCAUUCACACUUGUUACGUUGACGUUUAUUUUUCCAAGUAUGAUCUACAUCAAGGUUAAGGGGAAUACAGCUAGAACUGAGAAGAAGGCAUGGCAUUGGACUGUCAUUAUUGUUUUUUCUAUACUUGCUGUAGUAACUACAAUAUCUGCAGUCAGACUAAUUAUUAACAAUGUUAGAAACUACCAAUUAUUUGCCAAUCAGUAAUAUAUUGAAGUACAUACAUACGGCAUUGUGCUCUAGUCAAGGUCAUGUGGUUCCUAUACUAGCUUCUACAACUAUAAUCAAAAAAAAAAGCCUUUGGCUGCAUUUCUGAGGGAAUCUUUAUGCAAUAUGCAAAAGACAUUGCACUUCUUAGAUUAAAAUAUUUUAUAAGCAUAGCAAUUGAAAUAGAAAGCAAAACAGAGUAAGAUUUCAACAGGAAAUAACGAAGAGGCCAGAAAAAGUGCAACAAUUACUUGCAUGGAUAUGCUUGAGGCUUAUACAUCAUUCUAUCAGAAUCACCUCACUCUGAAAGAGAGCAUUUGUAGGCAAAAGAUAUGUGUAAGUGCGAAUCCAGAAAGAUGGCACGGCUGUGGGAGAGAAAGGGAGGAUAUUUCCCAAGAGAAACAUGAAGUAAGAAAUACUGGAGAACAGACAAGUAAGCAGGAUAAGUUGAAAAACAGUGAAUGCACACAACAGAUAAGGAGUGAAUGGGAAUGUGCAAUAGAGUUGAGGUGGCAGUGGCUCCCAACCCAGUUUCUUUCCCCUGAAAUAGAGGUUCAAUAGACAAGUAAUGAGAAUGUGGCGAUUUCCAUUUCCCCUUGUGCUCCAUGGUGCCUACAAAUAAUAAGUAAGCAGAUAGAAGAUUAAAUGAAGUGUGUGUAUAAUUUCUGCUCCCGGAUUAAGGUCUUAUUAGUCGAAAACAGUUCUUGUAAUAGAAGUGAAAAGUUACAACAGACUA